GUUUGUGUUUGAGAUGAAAGAAUCCUGUCAACCGUACGGAAAUAUUGGUCGUCAUUUGCAUUCUGUGAGUAGGGCGACAGGAAAAGUGAAUGAUUUUUGUUGGACAGUUGCUAUGCUGUCCCGUAUGCGGAUGAUUCUGACAACUGUUGGCCACAAACUGUGAGCGUUUGAAGUCUCCUGUUAAUCGAAUUAUUUGGCUGGUUCAACUUGACGAGUUUGUUUUACAGCUGACCUACGCCAGGACAUGCCGAAAUGUUAUGGAAGCUCGUUAGUGACAUGAAACUAAACAACAUGACUUCUUCAUAUUGUUUUUAGACGAGUGACAAGCAAGGCACCUUGCCACGCUACGUGUUAUAUUGUGCUUACUGUUUGCCGUUUAAAUCAUUAAUUCCAGUUUUAUGCGUUCAGAGCAGCUGUUUAUGUCAAAUUCCAGCGUUCCUAACGUUAUGUGAUUUUGUGAACAUGCACGAGCGAAAUUCUACAUGACACGAUGCUAUAUAAAGGAUGAAAAGUUGUGAGGGAAGAUGUAAAGUGGACAUUUUGCUGCUCAAACGCGUUUUUAUGCUUCCAAGCCAUUGUGAAUAAAAUGGCAGAUAAUGAAGUACUCCAAGAGGAAGCUAAGAGUGUGAAAAGUAACACUGUUACAGUAUUGGUGGAGAACGAAACACCGGUGAUCGUUUCGGAGGAGGCCAACGGAAGCGAUGGAAAAUCUCGUUCCUCUUCAAUCGCCUGGUCGUCUACUCCGAGUUUAAAUCAAAGAAGUACUGAGAAGUUUCGGAGUUUAAAACGACGAUCAUCGGUGGAAAAUUUUGGACAAUUUGGCUUUUUGGUGCCUGCUUUGUCUCUAGUUCCUCAGGCUGACGGGGCUGAUGCUCUCACCCAGCAGUUUGGUGAUCUUCAAGGUACUCACAGAGAACUGAAAUUAGCCUCAGCUCAUAUUGAUGAUGCACUUAAGGGAAGAGGAAGCUAUGGAAAGGCUCGCUCAUACUUUAAACCAAGGCUUGCACAAAAAUGCUUUGAUAUUUUGGACAAUCCCUGGUUUCGUUAUCUUAUCAUCUGGAACUCCCUGUUACAUUCCUUUCUUAUCUUCUUUGAGCCUCCAACUAUUCAAGUAUUAAGAGUUCAUCCAAUUGUCUAUGUUCUGAACAUGUCCUGUAUUAUGCUGUUCAUCUUUGAUCUUGUGGUGCACAUUAUCUUUUUGACGUGGCCUGUGUUUUGGUCAAGAAGAACUGAAGGAGGCUGGUGGAAUGGGGUAGAAUUUGUACUUGUUUGCUUUUUCACUGUGGAUUUUGUAUUGCUGGUAAUAUCCAGGUUUUUAGGAGAGUAUAUUCCGCCCAUUUUUAGAUCUUUCAGAUUAGCACUUAUUUUGUGUAAAGUGAAGAAUAUUCAACAUAUUUUUAAUGUAUUAAUGACAAUUGGAUUCAAGCUUUCAAAGUUAUUUUUUAUAAUUCUAGUAUUUGUUCUAAUGUGUGCCUGUAUCGGAGUUCAUGUCCUUAUGGACGCUUAUCAGUGCAAUGGUCCUUUGGAUAAUUCAUCAUCAACAACUGCCCAUCAUGGGAAAACAGUUCCAUGUUAUGUGCAAAGUGAAGAAAAAGUUUACCAGGGGGCUUUUGAUCAUGUGGCAUUUGGAAUGCUUAAGUUGUUUGUCCUACUAUCAACUGAAAAUUUCCCAGAGGUAAUGCUUCCAGCCCUUAGAGUGGAAUCAGCUUAUUUUAUUUAUUUUGGGCUGUUUGUGUUUGUUGGCGUGUUCUUUUUGACAGCAAUCCUUCUGGCAAUUGUGGUGGACAGUUAUUGGGUUUAUUCCAAAAAGCAUGUCAAGAAAGAACGUGCUAGAGAGAGAGCUGAACUGGCAAAGGCUUGGAAUCUUUUAGAUCCUCUUGGAAAGGGAGCCUUGAGCCUUGAAGAUGAAAAAUUCACUUUGCUGUUUCACCUCUUGAAGCCAAAGAACUCAGAUGCAGAGAAUUUAGUUCUGAUUGAAAUGUUAGAUACCAAUGAGGAUGGUGAAGUAGACUCUUUUGAAUGGACAACGAUGUUGAGCAAGGUUUUAAGUCUUGAAUUUGAAGAUGACGACGACCUCCUGUUACUAGAUGAGACACCUGGUCUAUCAAAGUGGAUGAUCAGCACUCGAGAAAGCGCCAAGUCCCUUUCAGAGAGUAUAUUAUUCUCUCGUUUCAUCUUAUUCCUGAUCAUUGUACACUGCAUUCUGUUUGCUUUUAAAUGGAAAGGACAAGACAAGCAGAUUGAAUUCAUAGUACAAGUAUUUAGAAGUGUUAUCGUUACAAUUUUCCUGAUUGAGGGCGGCACACGACUUGUGGCAUUAGGAAGACGAAUUUUACAACCUCAGGAGAUUCUGGACCUUCUUUUGGUCGUCUUAGCUUUCUGCUCAAACUUUGUUUGGUACACCUACUACCCAGACUUCUUCUGGUUCAGAGAUUAUGCGACGACAAUUUCCAGCCUAGCUGUGUUUUGUCGCCUUCCGUUCAACAACAGUCAGCUGAAGCAAGCUGUUUCCAUCUUCUCUAGGAUCGCACCAGUAAUGGUGGAUCUUCUGUGUCUCUUAGGAAUAAUUUUGUUUCUGUUAGCGAGCGUGGGAAUGGAGCUGUUUCAUGACGUGAGUGAGACAAGCGAAGGACAUAUGUAUCUUCCAGCAUGCGGUUUAGGAUUUCAAACAUUUUGGUGUGCAUGUCUGAUCUUGUUCCAGAUGGUAACCACGAGUAACUGGCAUGAAAUUAUGAACUCAGUGAUGGAAGCCACUCGAUCGAACUGGACCAGUUUGUAUUUUGUUGCAGCAUAUAUCUUGGUCAACAUGGUGAUCAUGAAUUUAUUCGUAGCCAUAGCCAUUGAAGCUUUUAACAAACUUGGGACAUUGGAUGAAGAUCAGCCGCAACUGAGGCCACACAUUGAGAGACAAGCAUCAGACCAGUACCACUUCACUACCACUUCAGACGUCUCAAUGAAGCAUCAAGCUGUCCACAUGAUCAGCAGCGUGGCCAGCAGUUUAUUCGGAAGUGUUAGGGCAGACCAAGUUGCAGAGAGAAGACAAUCCCUAACAGCGGCAGACGCCUUCAACUUUCAAGUUAGAAGAGGCACAAUCAAACGAGGAUCAAUCAUGAAGCAUAGACAAGCUUCUAUAGAGAAAAACGCCGAAGGAGACAAGAAGGAAGACGAUGAAGUGUUUGUUCAAGAAGGAAAUGUACGGGAAAAAGGUGACAAGAGAGAGCGGGUCCUUAAGAUGCGAAUGAAGGAGAAGAAACGAGCGAAGCGGAAAAUGGCCAAUGCCGAACACAAGGUACGAGUGGCGACGGCGUUCAGAGGAAACAAAGAAACUGACUUGGACUUACAAGUUGGAGAUGAAGUUACUGUGCUGGUCAAGAAAGAUGAUUGGUGGCAAGGACGAUGUAGAAGUAAAGUAGGAUGGUUUCCUGCUUCUCACGUGAUCUUAAGAACAGUAAAGGCUGUUCCAGAGUAUGGAAAACACAGAUCAAGGAAAUCCACUGCAGGGACCAGUGGAGAAAGCCCCUCCCCCUCCCCCAUAGCCGCUGAGGACGAAAAUGCAAACAACAAGGUACAAGAUCUUGUCAAGGAAAAAAGCUCGUCUUCUUUGGGUCGAAAAGAAAACACCUUCUUCCGUGAUAGAUCCUCCACAUCAGGCAGCCAAGUUCCCAGUACACCGCCAGCUGUGAGAGGCCGGGUGAAACUGAAAAAAACUGGUGACUGGAGAAGGGAAAUUCUUGGAGACAUGACUGUCAUGAACGCAGAGGAGUUACGCGAAUUGAACAGCAUCAUGAGAGCGGAGCUGAGAACGCCAACAGGACUACGCUCAAAGAGACUGGGUCCACUAAGAUUGAACGGUGACGAUGAUUCUAUAAGGGAAUGUUUCAUUAGCGAAGACCACGAGCUCAUGGAAAUAAACCAAGGUCGACCAAACAGUGCUCUAGAUCCCAGGCCUUACUCUGGGCGUUAUUUAGGCAGGUCCAGUAGUCCACGGUUUAGUCAGAAUUCUGUUGGUCCUUUGAACAGAUUACGAACCGAGAGUGGAAGCAGCAGUGAACGGUCACCAUCAUCAGCAAAAAUACCUUCGGUUGAGUUCUUCAGUCCCGGUACCCCAACACCACCCUCCACAACCACAGAGCAGCUCUCGUCCUCAUCCGCAAAUAGUGCCAGGCUCUCUUCAAGCCCGAAAUUGUCGCCGAAGCAAAAGAGACCUGCGGAGAAGCCGAAGAAUGGUGAGAUGCCAGAGUGGAUGAAAAAUUUUGUCGAAACAAACAAUUUAGUGGUUGGUAAAGAUAUUAAGUUGGACGAAUCAAAGGCUGAGGGAAGACGGGGCUCAUCAACUUCUCCAUCUGGCACUGGAACUACAAAAUCAGGAACCAAAACAAAAACGGGAUCUAAAUCCUCCGGAUCGGGAUCACCGAGGGGUUCAGGAUCCCCGAGGAGUUCCGGAGGUACUAGCGGGACAAAAUCCCGCUCGUCUCCCGGUGUUGCUAAGAAAGGAGGGACAAGUCCCGUCGGAUCCCGAAGUCCUGGAGGAAGGCCUGUCACACCGGGCAAAGGACUUAAUAGGCAAUCCGUUUCAUGAGACUGUUUUUAUUUAGAAGAUAGAGCUUCUCUUUGAACAAGAUUAGCUGGUCACGCUGGGUUGUUGGGUGACACAAAACAUGAAAACGAGGGUGACCUUCUUCUGGUCACACAAUUGACCAUCGUGGAGAAAAGGGAAGUUUCAAAUUUAGUUCAUACUCAGGAGUUUUACUGUUCAAUCCUACCAAGGAUAUCCAAGCGUAUUCCUCAGGGGUAGGGCAAGGAGUCGUUGUCCGCACUACCUCUGUGUGCUAGUAGUCAGGGGAACUCUCUCCAGUCCCCUGUUAGAGAGAAAAUGACUCAUCCAAGUUAGUGUAACACACAACACACAUAAGAUAAUUUAUUUUUCUGUUUUGUAGAUAUAUUUCAUGUAGUUAGUAAAGUAUUUUCUAAUUUUCUCUUCUAAAAUAUUUGGUAUUAAAGAUAUUGU